UUCAAGUUAUUUAAUUCGACUCCUUGUCUCGUGAGAUUAUAAAAAAUCACCUAAGAGUUGGCAUCUCUGCUGCAAUGCCGGUCAAAGUGCACUUAAUUUUCUUAUUACUUUUUGCGUCAAAACUCCUUCAAAGAUGCCACUUAAAGGCAUCAGGGUACUCGAAUUCGUGGGUUUAGCACCAGGACCGUUUUGUGGGAAGAUCCUAACCGACUUCGGAGCCACCGUCACCCGCAUCGAUAAGGUGAUAGAAAACCCUUUAGAUGUACUGCAGCAGGGAAAGCGCACACUUUGCCUGGAUCUGAAGAACCCGAAAAGUCAGCAAGUGGUGCAAAAGCUGGUCAAGAAGUGCGAUGUGCUCAUCGAACCCUUUCGACCGGGCGUGAUGGAGAAACUGAAUCUGGGUCCCACCGACUUGUGCACAGCCAAUCCCCGCCUGAUUUAUGCCCGCCUCACCGGCUUCGGCCAGCAUGGAAGACUGGCGCCACGGGCGGGACACGACAUCAACUACGCGGCCUUAUCGGGAGUGCUCUCCAUGCUGGGCAGGCGCAACGAAAAGGUCACUGCACCCAUUAACAUUCUGGCCGAUUUCGCUGGCGGCAGUUUGAUGUGCGCUCUGGGAAUCUGCCUUGCCCUCUUGGAGCGCCACAGGUCGGGAAGAGGCCAAGUAGUGGACGCCUCGAUGGUUGAGGGCGCUGCCUAUGUGGCCAGUUGGCUGUUUAUGUCCCAGAAACUGGCUAUUUGGGGGAGGGAGCGGGGUGACAAUCUCGUUGAUGGUGGAUCGUACUUUUACGACACGUACGAAACCAAAGACGGCCGCUACAUGUCCGUGGGCGCCCUGGAACCGCAGUUCUUUGAGAUGCUAAAAGAGCGCUUGGAACUGCCCGAAGAUGUCAGUCAGUUUGGCGAGGAGCAUCAGGUUCGGGGAAAGAAGCUUCUGACUGAGGCUUUCCUCUCCAAGACCCAAGCUGAAUGGUCGCAAAUAUUUGAGGAUAUCGACGCCUGUGUCUAUCCCGUUCUGGAUUACCGCGAGGUUCACAGACACGAUCACAAUAUGCAGAGGAAUUCGUUCGAGGUGACGGAGGAUACAGCGACGCCACGUCCUGCUCCAGUCCUGAGCAGAACUCCGGGAAAGCUGCCCAAGGCAACUGAUGGUGCUCAGGUGGAGUGGAUGAUGGACGAACUAGAUCUUAAGCCCGACGAAUUAAAAGAUUUGCUCGACUCGGGGGUACUCACCCUUCCAGAGAGGGCCAAGCUGUAGGAUGCCAAGAUGUGCUACCCCCGCCCGGAUGUCAUCGGAAUAAAACACAUUUCUUGUUGCUCUUGCA